GUCUGGGUUGCGAUCAUUCAUCAACAUUUGUUUCCUGGCAUAUCCUAUUCAUGAUGAGCACCCAAGAACCAACACGCGACGCGGACCAGCUCGCCGAAGAGCUCGAGGAUGUUGUCCUUGCAGCCGAGGACGUCGACGAGGUGAUCGACGACGACGAGGACGCCCCUCAUGACGAGGAAGACGAAGUGAAGGACCCCAAUGGGCCUGUUAUCGAAGCUGAAGAAGGCGAGCCCGAGGCGCGGCCAGACACAGCCAUCUCUGGGACGUUUCUUCACACGCCGGGGUCUGCCAUGUUCGCGCUCGCACUGCACCCGACCUUCCCCAACCCGCCGCUGGCUGUCUCAGGCGGCCAGGACGACCUGGGCUACCUCUUUUGUCCACUGCAUCCGACGCUUGGGAGCUUCAACCGCGACACAUUCGCGCCCAUUCCUCUGCGCGGGCAUGAGGACAGCGUCGUCGCCGCGGCGUUCAGCAGUGACGGGGAGUACGUAGCGACGGGCGGGCUGGACGGGCGCGUGCGCGUGUGGCGGCACGCGACGCCGAAACGGGUGCAAGCAGCGGAGGGGAGCGCGGACGCAUGGAAGUAUUGGGAGUUCGUAACGAGCGUGGAAGCCGGCGAGGUGUCGUGGCUCAAGUGGCACCCGAAGGGCCCCGUGCUCAGCGCGGGCUGCGAGGACGGCACGGUGUGGCUGUGGAGCCUGCCCUCCGGACGUACGAUGACGGUACUCUCAAGCCACACGAUGGAGGCGACAGCGGGCGUCUUCCCUCCGCCAGCGGGCAAGCAGCUCCUGACCGCCGCGUUGGACAGCACGCUGGUGCUGUGGAACCCGAGUGCUGGCGUGCCCGAGUUCAAGAUGACCGUGUUCCAGCCUCCUGGUGCGCGUUCGCUCGACCCCGCAAUCCACGGGAUCACGAGCCUCGCCGUCGCUCCGAACGGCGCGCUCGUCGCCGCCGGCGGCGCCAACGGCAAGAUCAAGCUCGUGGCGAUCGCGCGCGGCGAAGUCAUCGACGUGAAGGCUGAGGUGGUGCACACGCUCGAGGGGCACGAGCGGGGUGAGAGCGUCGAGGCCCUCGCGUUCGUCGACCUCCACGGCGGGUCUUAUGGCGGCAAGGGCGUCGUCCUCCUCAGUGCGGGGACGGACGGACGCGUCAUUCUGUGGGACACGACGACGGGGCGCAUGCGCCAGGUCAUGGUUCACCCCGAGGCGAUCACGGGCAUGGUAUGCCACCCCGCGCCGUGCCACUACCUCGUCACAACGGCUUGUGCCGACCGUACACUCCGGACAUGGGAUAUGCGCUCGGGCCAGCUUAUCGCGGAACAUCACGGGCAUGCCGCAGCAGUCAACUGCGUCGCGGUGAGCCCCGCGCUCGACGGUGACGUGUCGCCGCUCGGCCUGCCACAGGCCCAGUUCAUCGUGAGCGGUGGAGACGAGGGUGCGAGCUUGCUCUUUAGGAUAUAGACUGCGCGUAAUUGAGCGACAACCUAUUUGCAUUGCUUCAAUUGUUUACACCGUACAAAGCUUCUUACUAGAUUCUGAUUCAAGACUACC